UAGUGAAUUACACAGACCCUCUCUCUCUCUCUCUCUUCUAGUGUCAUUUUCCAAGAUAUACUCUCGGGGAAUUACACAGACACAAAUCCAUCCCCUCCUUCCUUUCCUUUCAUUUCUGGAAUUCCCCUCUUAUUCUCCUCCUUUGAGCACUCCUUUUCCUCUUCUUAUUUUCAGACAAAUCUCAAAUUUGAUUUCAAUAAAUGAGAUAGAGAGCCCUUCUUGUAUAGAAAAACCUAGGUCAUCAAAUUUUGAACAAAAUAUGUCCUUGGAGGGCUUAUUCAUGGAGGCCUCAUCUCCGGAUCUAUCGCUCCAAAUCAGCCCGCCCAACUCAUCGAGAUCCAAGGGCUCGGAGCUCUCCUUGGGGCAGCAGCAGCAGCAAGAUCAACUACCACCAAACCCUUACCUCAACCAGAUCGACGGCCUCAGGCCCAUCAAGGGCAUCCCGGUCUACCCGAACCGCCCCUUCCCCUUCCUUCCCCUCGAAGGAAAGGAUCCAAAGAUGUGCUUCUACCAAAUGCCUCCUUCUUUCGUAGGGAGUUUGGAUCAUCAUCACCAGAUGCAGUUCCUUGGACAUCCCAGCGCCCCGCCCUCGCUCCCUGGGUACAGGAUUGGGGGCAGGUAUAGUGGGAUUUAUAAUGGAACUUCUCCGUCUUACCAUCCUCAGCUGCACCACCACGAAGCUUCUUCGAUCGUGAGAUCGAGGUUCCUGCCGAGGCUGCCCGCCAAAAGGAGCAUGAGGGCCCCACGGAUGCGGUGGACGAGCACCCUCCACGCGCGGUUCGUUCAUGCAGUCGAGCUCCUCGGUGGCCAUGAAAGGGCGACUCCAAAGUCGGUGCUUGAGCUAAUGGAUGUGAAGGAUCUCACUCUAGCUCAUGUGAAGAGCCAUUUGCAGAUGUAUCGAACUGUUAAAACCACUGACAGACCUGCAGCUUCCUCAGAUGGCUCCGGCGAGGACGAUCUCUCCACCAUCGGCGGCGGCAGCGACGUGGCCGGGCUUCGCCUUUUCAUGGACCAAAGAGGGCCCGCCUCCGACGAAUCCUCGCCUCGAGAUGGCGACUAUCCUUCCACCACGGCUACUACAUUGUGGAGCAACUCUUCCAGGGAAUGUUGGGCACAAAACAACAUUGUUGGUGAAUCACAUGGCAUGGAGAGUGAAACUUCGUGUCCAAAGAUCUACGAAAUGUCGGGGAACGAGAGUUACAAGAGCCCGAGCCUAGAGUUCACAUUGGGGUUGAACAGACAGAAUUGGGAUGAAAAAUAGCAAAAUUAGGCAGCUUGUUUUUUAUGAGUAUCUAUCUCCAUUUUGAAAGGCAUAUAUAUUGAUCCUUCAACCGAAAUUUGAGAAGGCGAUAUAUUGCGUAUAUGAAGAGCUAGGCAGUAGGAUUGCAGAUCAAGAGGAUGAAGUGAUUCUGGUUUUCUUGGAAUAUAUUCAUAUUCUCUCUUUUUUUAAUUUUCUUUUGUUAAAAAUAUUUUUAGGUUUAUCUAACUUGACAUUCUUCUUUCUUCCCUUUUUUUUCCCUCUGGCUGGUUUGGAGGUUGGGUAUAAGAUUAAAAUGCUUAUUUUUGUAUGUUGACAUUGGAUUCAACUUAUGUUUCUCCAGCGAAUACUAUAUAAGUAUAUAUA